AAGAGCUGCUCUGUUUCCCCUCCACACACGCACGCACGCACGCACGCACACGCGCGCGCGCGUGGACCAACUACAGUUUGGCUCGUGCACUUGGACUUGAGGCGCCAUUUCUGACUUUUUUACAGCUGCAGUGUUUUUUUAAAUAAAAAGUGAUGAAAACUACGAGGACAUCCAUUUAUUCUGCUUUGUGCUGGAGGAUGUAUUGAACGCGCUGCAUCGGACACACGCACUCACUCAUUCACUUCACACACACACACACACACACACACACACACACACACAGGGGCUCGGAGUGUUGAACUAACGGACUUUCAGAUGUGUUCACUUCGCUCCAGAAAUCUUCACAUCCCCUUUUUGAGCAACAAUGGAGCCGAGAGCCCAGGACAGCAGCAGUGGCCUUCUCUCGCUCCACCAGAUCCAAACUGUCCAUUCCAGCAACGAGUACACAGAGAGUCCCACGACCUGGCCCCGCCCACAAAACUCUGACUCUGCCCCUGAUGAAGGUGCUGUGCCAGGUCCAGAUGAUCACGCUCACGAAUCUUCACAUUCACCUCGAAGUGCUCGGAGGUCCACAUACACAGAACCGUCGUCAGAGCAAGAGACUGUGGGACACAAAGGUGAAAUUGUAGUAAAGGAACAGCCGGAGAAACUCGAACAGGAAGUGGAGAAGGGACUCCGUGUGAUAUCCACUCAGGAGCUAAGCUUUCUGGGAAAUUUGGGCAAAAAAGUGACAGCAGUAGAGGAACAACCGAGGAGCUUUGAAUCGAAACAGGAACUGUUGGAGCUGGGUGGAAGUUUUAUCUCAGAGCAGAGGAGUCUGGAAUGUGUAGGCGAACUAGAUGUUGCAAUACAGGAGCAACCCAAGAGCUGCGACUCGAAACAGGAAGAGAUGAAGCUGCUGGGAAGUGCUUCCACAGAUCAAGAGCAUUUAAAAUUGGAACCAAAACAGGAAACGACAAAGCAACACAACAGGAAGCACCCAAAACCAUGUGAUCGCUGCAACCGCUGCAAGUGCAGGGAUUGCACGGCUGCACCGCCCCUUCCGGCCUGCUGGCUCUGUGGACGUCGCUGUCUGUGCUCGGCCGAGGCGAUGGUGGAGUAUACCACAUGUGUCUGCUGCCUCAAAGCGCUGCUCUACCACUGCUCCAGCGAUGACGAGGACUCCAGCGCUGAUGCUCCGUUUUCCUGCCACGAGUCCCAGAGGUGUAAGCGAUGGAGUACGGCAGCAGCCAUGGCACUUGUCCUGCCCUGCAUGCUGUGUUACGGCCCUGCCCGAGGCUGCCUGGCACUCUGCCAACUCUGCCACGACCACGCCCACCGGCCCGGCUGCAGAUGCAAGAGUCAACACGUAACUCACAAUUUAUGAUUCGUUUUUAUUUUGUUGUUUAGGCACUGAUGGAGGUGAUGUUUGUUUGUUUUGUGUAUGUUGUUUGUGUGUUCUUUUUUUAAUAAUAGGAUGUGGCAAGCCAUGACUCAUAGUGUUUAAUUCAGACUCAUUGUUUUUAGUUCUGACUUCAUAUUUUUUUAGUGCUGACUACUUUUCAUUCAUUAUUUUCAAUUUGGACCCAUUACUUUUAGUUUUGACUCAGUUUGACUCGUGUGUUUUUGAUUUGGAUGUUUUGGGAAAUUGUGGACGUGGGACAGGACACUGACAGUGCUGUAACAUUCACUUUUUCUAGGAGUUUUUCAGUUUUUAUUUUUGAUUUGUGAUUGUUAACGUUGUACUUUUAGCACUGUAGACCAAGAAACGUGACAGAGUGGAAAGUGGACUGUUUUUUUUUUUUUUUUUUUUUGCAUUGUGGUAUGAUUUGGACAGAUGGAGACUUAUUUGUUUCUUUGAUAUAUUUUCUUGUUGUCUUGUUCAUUUAUGUGUUGACACAAUGUAGUUCUGACACUGUAGAUGAAAGAAAGCAAAGUGGGAAGCAGCGACACUCAGUGAUUCCCUUUGACUCAUGAAUCUGGUUAUUUUUAACUCAGGAAUUUGAUUGUUUUUAAAGUUUUGUGUUUUGCAUUAUGCAUUUUCACUUUGAUUUUUUUUUUCUCUUUUUAAACUAAAGUCAAAAUUACCAUGUUUAUUAAUAUGUGUGUUGAUGUAACCAGCAAUAACACUUUUUACACUUUUUACAAAUGACACCAAUUUGUAAAUUAGUAAUUUGAUUAGUUCCUCAGAGAUGGUUUUAUUUUUAUACAUUUGAGCUGUGAAAAGUGUCAUGUCAUACCUGGACACCUCGACAGAUCUUUAUAUAUAAAACAUUUAUGGUGCAUUUAUUAGUGUUGUACAUACAUUUUUAAUAUUUGUGCUUUACAUGUUUUGAAUUAUCCCUGGAGCAAUACUUGUAAAAUUGUACAGUGAAAAAAAAUUUUCUAAUUUUUAAUUGUUUGAUGUAAAGGAUAUUUAUUUUAAGUUUUUAUUGUGCAAACAAAUAUUUAUUUUUACAGAAGCACCUAUCGUGCUAACAUUGAGAAACAUAAAUGCUGUAAAUAAUGCAAAUAAGAGUGUCAUGUGUGAAACUUAUAUUCAUUAUGAAGCAGAAAAUAUAUUAACGUUGUUGAAAUUCUCAAGGUCUUUUUUUUUCUUACUGCUUUUGUAACAUCCGAUUACAAAGAGGCAUUGUGGAAAAUUUCUGUGGCUUUUUGUUGCCGAGAUCUACUCUCGGGUCACGUUUCAGAAGGCAGAAUAGCCGAUAGAGAGAACACCUGGUACACACACAACCUCACAUAUGGAGACCUGGUUUAUUUCAUCACUUAUCAUAAACUAACUCACUCACAUUCAUGUAUUCAUGUAUCAUAUAUUUAUACAAUAUAAAACGCUUUUUUGUGAUCUGUUCUGAUUGACAGGAAUCGCCAUGUCACAGACUCAGUGCUGUGUGACUUACUUCUUAAAUUAUUAUUAGUCUGCAAGGAGACUGCACUAAGGCUGAGCCUGUACUUUACUCUGCGCCACUUUAAGAAUUAUUAUGUUCAUAUCUCGACCCCUGUGAUCUCCAGCUACAGUCUUAUCUUCAACUAUUUCUAUCUGGGUUUUCAGAGAACGUUUUUAACUUAACAGUUAAGUUACUUAACAGGUAUCUUUUAAUAGCUAUCUUAUAAGGAAUAACACAAUUAGGGGUGUUUGCUUAUAGGAAAAUAUGCUGGGGUGGUGUGAUUUGGAAUUACCACCCCAGAGUUGAUUAUUUUCCUGUAACAGCAUGCCCCCAAGAGUCUUAAUCCUCUUAAAGCACAGCAAUUAACUAUUACAAUUUAAUAUUUAUUAGAGAACAACACAUCAUUUACAUUUAUGGCAAUUGGCAGACGCCCUUAUCCAGAGCGACUUACAUUUAUCUCAUCAUGCAUUGUAUCCAUUUAUAGACCGUUUCAAACAUAAUAUAUAUAUAUAUAUAUAUAACAAAUAUUCAUGAGCAUAGGAAGUGACGUUGCUGUUCCUAGGACAUACCCAGUUGGCAGUAAACAGCCUUCAAAACAAUAGCGAAGAGCCAUAAUUCACGUGUCUGGUAGGUUGAUUUAAGGAUGUCAAAAAUAAAAUUAGGAUCAUGUUCUGUUCCCUCAGGUCACAGAUAAGGCAUUUAAGCCUUCUCUUACAUAUUGUCCCACAGCCAAAAGAAUUCCAGCAACGUAACUAUAAGCUCGUCUAAUCAGAUAAUCAGAGACAUUUAAAACCAGAGGCCAAUACGAAUUGCAUGUUCUAUUCUAAAUGGGUGAACACUCAGCUGUGUAAUGCAUUCAUUUGCCAAACAUGAAAGCUAAACAAUUAGCUAGCUAACUCACCCAGCCAUACACAUACAGUGUCCGCUUGCAAUUUCCCUUUCCUUCUAGCAAUAGACCAUUCUGAGUAGGUUCUAGACAGCGUUGGACUUGCUUCAACUAUGCAAUACACAAUAUAGAAGCCACCCACAUUAUAGGAGCGAAUAUUUCACACCUUUCCUCUAGCCGUAAACAUCCAAACUAUGAAACGCUUUCAGUGCUUCUCUGGUGUAAACAUUUCCAUAUCAACAAAGUAAUGAUGCACAUCAGGGUAAGGCUCUUCAGGCACAAGUUUUUAGUCCACGGAAAAAAAAAAAAAAG